GUCACCAUUGACGGCUUGAAGCUGCAACACAACAUUGUCAUCACUGCAGAAGGUUGGACUGGAGUAAGGAAACCAACAUACUGACAGCCAUGUUGCUGUGGCCUGUGUGGAGUUUGAUUUUGUUGCUGAUUCCAGUGGACGCUGCAGAUAAGGGCGAUGACGUGCGAGCAGGUUGCAGCACGGCCGUGAAUGACUUGGUUUAUAUCGUUGAUGGCUCGUGGAGUGUCAGCUUUGCUGAUUUCGAAACAGCCAAGCAAUGGCUUAUCAACAUCACCAGCCAGUUUGACAUCAACUCCCACUAUACUCAGGUGGCAGUGAUCCAGUACAGUGACAACCCUCGACUGGAGAUUCCACUGGGAAAACAACAAAGUGCUGCAGACCUAAUCCGGGCCAUAAAAGGCAUCACUUACAUGGGAGGAAACACACAGACGGGGAGAGCCAUCAGGUUUGCUGUGGACCACGUUUUCUCCACCUCCCAACGAGCCAGCCCAGUCAAGAACCGCAUUGCCGUGGUGGUCACAGAUGGCAAAUCCCAGGAUGACAUAGUGGAUGCCAGUAUGGAGGCGCGGGCUCAGAGCAUUACCGUGUUUGCAGUCGGAGUCGGAGAUGAGAUCGCCAACUCUGAGCUUGUUUCCAUUGCCAACAAACCAUCUUCCACAUAUGUUCUGUAUGCCGAAGACUACACCACCAUUGACCGCAUCCGAGACUCCAUGGAGCAGAAACUCUGUGAAGAGUCUGUGUGUCCCACAAGAAUACCUGUGGCAUCUCGAGAUGAGAAAGGCUUCGAGCUAAUGGUGGGCAUGAACAUUGAGACAAAAGCAAAGAAAAUUCCUGGUUCCCUGGUGUCCGAGACCGCCUUCGCUCUCAACUCAUCCACUGACAUUACUGAGAAAACCAGUGAGAUUUUCCCUGAGGGCCUUCCUCCAUCCUAUGUGUUUGUGGCCACCAUCCGUUUAAAGGGGAUCGCUCCAACAUUGAACUUUGACCUGUGGAGGGUGCUGUCCAAGAAGAAAGAGAUCCAGGCUGCGGUGACUUUGAACGGGAAAGACAAAAGUGUCACAUUCACCACGACGAGCAUCAGCAAUAAGGAGCAGAGAAUUGUCUUUCAGGGAUUUCAGGCGCUGUAUGAUGGAAUGUGGCAUCAGCUGAAACUCCUGGUGAGGCCAAGUCAGGUCACCAGCUUCCUGGAUGACCAACAGAUCCAGGAAGUAUUGCUGGAUCCAGCUGAGCCCAUUUAUAUCAACGGGAAGACACAGGUGGCCAAAAGGCGAGGAACAGACGUUACUGUGCCUAUGGAGAUUCAGAAACUGCGACUAUACUGUGAUCCUCAUCAGAGUGAGAAAGAGACCGCCUGUGAGAUCUUCUCUGUGGUAAAAACCUUCAACCUUUGA